CCUGACCCAGAUCUGUCAAGGACCGUGUGGUGGCUGUCUGUGCACCAGUCUCCCCAUGUUAAACAAAGUCACGCACUGGCUUCCUCCAACCUUGGAGACACCAAUGGUCAGCCAUGACCGAAGGGGGGCGAAGAAGGCUUAAAAAUCUUUUUAAAACGCGUAUGCACUGAUUGGCCUCCUCUCCUGUCAGUCAGGGCGACGGCGACGCCCCUUCCUGCGCGCUGCUCGGCAUCUUUACUGGAGCUGAGGGACGCUGGGCUGUAGCCAACGGAGGAUACAAUUGUCGGACAGACCGGAAGCGGCACCGAGCCGGAGAUGUCGGGCAAACGGAAAGCGGAGAAUUUGAUCCUGGCGGAGGAGAGCGACCAGUUACUGAUCCACCGCACUGAAAAUAAUUAAAUCAGAUUUAAGGGCUUCAAUGAAUGAGGACCUGGCAGAAGCAAUUCAGUUCCUAAGGACAAGUUAUUAAUAAAUUUUAGUGAAUCACCGUUGUGCAAUGGCAGGUGAAUCAAAAGGUGCAAGUAAUCCUUUGGAACAGUUCAUUUUGUUGUCGAGAAAUGCCAAAGGUUCAACAUUAACUGGCCUUAUUAAUCAAGUUUUGGAGGCUCCUGGAGUUUUUGUGUUUGGUGAACUUCUAGAAACACCUGAUAUACAGGAGUUAGCUAAUGGAUCAAAUGCUGCCUAUUUUGAAUUGUUAAACCUGUUUGCAUAUGGAACAUAUCCUGACAAUUUAGAAAAUAAAGGAAGUCUGCCUGAAUUAACAUUAGCUCAGAAGAAUAAGCUGAAACAUCUCACCAUAGUAAGCUUGGCUGCAAGAAUGAAGUGCAUUCCAUAUUCCAUGCUUCUAAAAGACCUUGAUUUAAAAAACCUCAGAGAAUUGGAGGAUUUAAUCAUUGAAGCAAUUUAUACUGAUAUAAUUCAAUGCAAACUCGAUCAGCGAAAUCAGCUGCUUGAGGUUGACUUUUGCAUCGGCAGAGAUCUCCAAAAGCAAGACAUCAGCAACAUUGUUAAAACUCUCCAGGAAUGGUGUGAUUGUUGUCAGGCAGUUCUACUGGGGAUUGAACAGCAAGUUCUCCGUGUAAAUCAGUACAAAGAGGGCCACUCUAAAACUCAGCAGCAAGUAGAAACCGAGGUGGCCAAUAUAAAGAAGACCUUGAAGGCAACGGCUUCUACCUCGGCACAAGAACCUGACCAGCACCCAAUGGAUCGUGAUGCUCCACAGCUCAUUGAACAACGUUCAUCUACAAAGAAAUUGUCAAAAGCCAAGAGUUUAUCAUCCAGUCGUCAUUAGAACAUUAAUUGCCUGGAUUAUCCUGUGCUUUGAAGAAAACUGAGAAGAAAUUAAAUAUAAUGAACAGUGCAAUGCUUCUCAUGAAUAACACUUGAAAGAGAUUUAAGAAACUUUUACUGUGCAUUUGAAAUCGUUUUGUAAUCUGUGGUUCUUUUUUUGGUAGGAAUCUCAGAUGAUGACCGAAUCAGCCUUUCUUAUUAAAUGGGACCAGUUGUAAACUGA